AUGAAAGGGGUCUCGAAACCUGAGCCAAAGAAGGCUUCAACACUUGCCAGCGUACUAGCGGCAAAGUCCAAAAGUCGAAUUGUGUCUACCGGCUACCGUGAUCUUGAUGAAAAGCUUCACGGUGGAUUCAGAAGAAGUGCACUUUAUGACGUGAGUGGUGCUGCUGGCUCCGGCAAAAUAGAUCUUGUUCUUCAAACCAUAAUGGAUUGUGUGAUGGCUGAUGAACGCGUGCUUUGGAUUACCACCGGAUCGCGCUUUCCGACACAAAGAUUACGGGAUAUUUACAACCAGAACCACCAGAAACAAGGCGAAUUGAGAAGAGAGUUUGCCGCUUUGUGCAACAACGUAUCAGAAAUCAGUGUGAAUUCGAUUUCCGAGCUUAUAGUGCUGCUGGGACAAUUCAACGAGUCAAACGAAGACGAAUACCAGAUGUGUGUGAUCCAUGAGCUAUCGGAUUUGAUACAGAACUUGCAGGUGGACUGCGAAAAACUGUUUCUGGCUCGAAAACUCUCGAUGGAAAAACAAAAACAAAAGACAAUUUUGGAGCGUCAACUAAGAGAGAGUGCAGGCGAACAGUACGCUAAGAACAUGUACGAUGUGGACAUGAUACCGACUUUGGGAAUGACCCCCCAUACUAGGGUGCAGCGCUCAAUCCAGGAGUUGAUGGUCAUGUUGUCGAUAUUUUGCACCAAAAAAAGCAAAACUGUGAUAACCGUUGGAUCAACGGAGGCUCAAUACAAGAGUUUCACGAUUACGAACGACGCGCCGGUAGAAGCUACCGGCCCCGACUCCGGGGCCAGGACUCCCUUCAAACGGUCAGUCUUGGUUCCUGUUUUGAACACAUGUGGGAGCUACUACAGUGCAAGGCUUCUGGUGUACAGAGACUGGAGCAAGGAGAAACACCAUACUUGUCCGUUUGUGGUGGUCAGAGGAGAGACCGUCAAGCUGGGUACAUGA